CCUAUUUUCCACGGAAACGUGCAAACCAUACCGCUGAGAUUUUUCGCUAGUCACUUCUUGCACUAAGCAAUAGCCAUUAUAAUCGAUCACUCUGCACUAACCACCACAAAACUGCAAAAUGGCAACUACAACCAUGCAUUUUGGCCCCGAGUGGAUGCGGGCGAAGCCACAAAAUCCUGCCGCUCGCCCCCAAGCACCUCCUUCUUCACCUCCUCCGGCAAUUUCUAAUACACAGCAACAGCAAACGAACGCGUCAACUUAUUCUGCACUCGUUACACCUGCCGCCGCACCAGAGCCUGAGAAACGUGAUGAAUGCCGUCCUUUCAGAUAUUCAAAGGAAGCCAUGCUCAGAAUCUACAAAGAAGGUGGCGGGAGAGGCGGUCUGGGACUAGAGGUGGAAAGAUGGGAGGGUAUUGUACAUGAAGUCAGCAGUGAACCCACAGGAUUGCGCGAAAUGAGCGAUGUGGAAAAGAAGCUUUUUGCUGGGCCACUUAAUUCCGAACUUCGGCGACGCCAGUCUACCGACCUUAUAAGCACGUUGUCAUCUCCAUCUGAUAGACCUAGGUUGAACCAUUCCAAUACCGGAGGAGGGAGUCCUAUGAGAGGGUUUGGUCUUAUGGGAAGGAGGAGGGACAGCACAGAUCAACCACCACUUGCACUACCUCGUAAACUGUCUGUGUCUAAUACACAAGGCAAUUCUCCACGCGACGGAGCACUGCCUUCCCCUCGUACCCGAAUAGGCGGCUUUACCUCAGGAUUCGACGGUGUUCUUAACGGUGGAGAUUCUUGGAUGGCUAGACGACGAACAUCGGAGAGUGUACUGAAAGUUGGGGGAGCAUCCACGGGGACUCGUACGGAGAGUAGAGAAGAGGAUUCAAAAGGACAUAACAUCAAAGAAGAUGAGGAAGAACAACACCCAGUACAAAACACUGCGCUUCAGCCUAGCCCUUCUGCCGCUUCUCAAUCAUCUGCAAUCCCUGAUGCCCUGCCUCCAGACACCACAAGCAACAGUCCGAGCCCGCGAUCUGCGCUAAGUGCAGAUUCUGUGGCACAUCGUAUGACUGGAAUGAGUCUUAGUCCACCACCGGGUCUGGAUCCAGCUAGCAUUGAGUGGUCUUACCUGGAUCCUCAAGGUCAAGUGCAAGGUCCUUUCAAAGCUGAUUUGAUGCAGAAAUGGUUUGAUGAGGGCUAUUUUACUCCUGACCUUCUGAUGAAGCGUACUCAUUUGGAUCGAGAAUGGACGGCGGUCGGGAUUCUCGACCAUCAGUCCGCUGGCGGCAAAAUAUUUCUGUCACAAUUUCCAACGUCCGCCGCACCUCCUGGUCUCAAUAUCCGUACCGAUUCCUCCCAGAAUUUUACCCCUGCCCAGAAUUACUCCCCCGUUCAUGAACACAAUACAUUCAGUGGAUACCAACCUGUGCCAACCCGGACUCUCCGUACUGCGACAUUGGACCCAUACCUUAAUAGUGCCUCUCCUUCAGAUUCCCCCUCCUCGUCCUUUGGUGGCGGGAGAUUCGGCAACGGUUCUCCCGAUACUUCUGCAUUGGCGGGGAGAGUCGGAAACCUUUAUACUGGUGAUUCAGGACUCGGCUCCCACAGUUUCACUGGAAAUACAGGCCCGUUCGGCCCAGUCGGGGACCCCCGCUCGUCGUUCAACACCCUGGCACCCGGCAGAACUUCAUCAUUGGACACAUUCAGUACCUAUAAGAACAACAGUAACUCCCAAUGGCCACCGUCCAUGACCCAGAAUGCACAACAUUUUGGCAGUAGUGAACAUUCCAUUGCGACUGGUUUCAACAAUGGCAUCAGCUCGGGUGUCAUGCCGGUACCUGUGCCAAUUGCGCAGAGCCACUCUUUCACACAGGAGCCCUCGUAUGGCGAUGGCACGUACAGUGCCAUGGGCAGUCUAGGUGCCUCGCAUGAUUCACCCAUCGCACGGCAGCCCGUUGAGGCAAACGGGCUAGGCUUCAACAACCUAGGGAUGAACGGCUCACCUUAUGUGCAGCACUUCCCCCAGUCCCCUGACGUGCCGCAGCAGCGCUCAUCUACAUCGCCAUUCGGUGAAGUUCUCGCGAAGGUCGCUGAAUCACCCUGCCGUGCGGACACCAGUAAUGUAUCAUCACCUUGGGGCGCACCCGAGCCUGUUACUGUACGCCGCCCGGUGGUUGAGAUCCCCACCCCAUCCCCUGUUGCCAAGGCACCUCCAGCUGCCUGGAGUCACCCUCCACAACCCGCCCGUAAUGCUCCCAAGUCAAAAGACCCUUCACCAUGGCUGACGGCCUCCCUAGGCGUCGUCGAUGAUGGAUGGCGCGAGGUUCCUGGCCCAAAUAGUCUCACUGUGAGCAACCUCGGGCAACACAAUAAGAUGUUUGAGGAUGUGGAUGAGGAGUCCAACGUUGCUGUGUCGCCUAUUGGGGAAACGGAGGAGGAAGCUGCUACUGCACCCGUACCCGUGUCAGACAUACCUCAACCAGCGCCUGUGGCCCCGGCUCCCGCUCCCCAUAUUGAGCUCCCGGCAUUUACAGCGCCCAAGACCAAAGCCAAAUCCACCGUUCGUGAGGCCCAAGUGCCCGCAGCUUCAGCACCGAAAUCUACACCUCCCGCACCCAUACCUGCCUUAAAGAGUCCAUCUCCUGUUCCAAAGCCUGCGUGGGCGACUGAGGAAGAUGCGAAAAAGGGCAAGGCAUCGCUCGGUCUGCGCGAGAUCCAGGAGGCAGAGGCAAAGAAGGCAGAGGCACGUAAGGUUGCAGAACGCGAGAGGCUUGCACGCGCCAAUGUGCCGACCCCACCUGCUGUCGUGGAGGAUGCUCAACCAUUUACCGCAUCGUGGGGACUUCCAACCUCUCAAACGGGUGCACGAGCUACUGUGACACCAAGAGGUGGAGAAGUUGCGGUAACACCUGUGGCGAGUGCUCCAGUGUGGACGUCAACGAGUACAGCGCCUACCAAGAAGACGAUGAAGGAGAUCCAGGAGGAAGAAGAGCGUCGGAAGAAGAUGGGGUUGAAGGAUUCAAUGGCAGCGACAGCUGCAAGGCGCGGAUAUGCAGAGACUACUUUCAAGGUGGUUCCCAGUGCACAGGCUAGUGGUGGGGCAUGGACGACAGUUGGUUCAAAUGGCAAGACAAACGCCCCCGUACCUGCUCUUGGACCCACACCGGCACCUGCUCGUCCAGUUGCCGCUCCAUCUGUAUCCACACAAGCAGCGCCUACGCCUCGCCCCAGUGGUAUAGCAGUCCGCUCGACAUCACAGACUUUUACAAAGGCUGCUACUGUCACACCAUCACGCAUGGACGACACGCCCGGUUCGUCUUCCAACGAUUUCCUCAAGUGGCUGAGCGAUGCACUGAAAGGGCUCAAUCAUUCUGUGAACCUGGAAGAUAUGACACAGAUGCUACUCUCUUUUCCUCUUGACCCAGACCCUUCUACAUCAGAGAUCAUUUCCGACCUGAUUUACGCGAAUAGCACUACGCUUGAUGGGCGGAGGUUUGCGGCAGAGUUCGUUAAGCGCCGCCGGGCUAGUGGGACAGCUGGACCAGGACCGAACGGGAACGGGAAAGUGUCAAUCGCAGACGUGGUGAGGACGGCGCCACGGGCUGCUCAGCCAGAAUGGGGGUUCAAGGUGGUGAAUAAGAAGAAGAAGGGGAGGGCGUGAGUUGGAAUUGGAGUAGGAGGGGGAUGGAGGAUAUUUUUUUAGUGUCACAUGCAUACUCAUAAGCAUUGUCAGACGCUCGUUUACUUGUUUUAACAUCAUCUCAUGAAUUAAUUUUCUGUGCUCAAA